UGAUGCAUCACCAGCAUGUCACGAUCCCUUCAUAGUUGUGGGAAGCGAGUGUUGUACUUCCACGAAGGUUACACGAACUGGACUACUGCCAGAGAUUACUGCAGGAGCCUCAGCAACUCACAGUACACCUCAGAUCUGGCAACAGUGGACAGCUGUGAGCAACUUGGUGAUAUCUACCAACACGUCGUUAUGGAGUAUGGACUAGUAUGGCACUGGUUAGGUGGUUCUGACGAAUAUGAGGAAAGCGGCUGGCACUGGGUGACCGGAGGCACUGUGCCAAGAAGUGUUCCCUUCUGGUAUCCUGGUCGCCCUACAAUUGAUACUUCAGUGAACUGUUUGAGCAUGCACAGUCAAACAGGGUAUUUGUAUGAUCAUGAAUGUAAUCUCAAUGGUUCCUUCAUCUGCGAGGAAUUUCCCUUCACUGUAUGAUAUAAAUAAUGGAGACAUUGUAAGUUUCCAAUAAAACUACAGCAGAAUAUAAAAACAUAAAUAUGUUAUUGUGUAUAUUGCAGAUCAAAAAAGACAUUGUAUAUCAAAAUAAAUAUGUACUGUAUAUGAGCCUGUA